AUGACGAGGCUUGUAUUGCUUAUUUGUCUCCUUUGCAUGCUCUGCGUCUUUCCAGCUUCAAUGGCUGAAAGCGAAGAGCAGGGCAAGCUUCAAACCUACAUCGUUCAUGUCACGAAGCCCGAUGGUAUCGCUUCUCUUCAAUCUGAAGAGUUGCAUAACUGGUACCAAUCGUUCAUGCCAACUAGUACUGCCGAAACCUCGUUCAAGGAUCGCAUGGUUUUCUCCUAUCGAAAUGUUGUGUCAGGAUUUGCUGUUAGAUUAACAGAGGAAGAAGCCAAGGCUCUGCAAGAGAAGGACGAAAUCGUGUCGGCUCGUCCCGAAAGGACCCUUUCUUUACACACCACUCACACGCCAAGCUUCUUGGGGUUGAGAAAGGGAUCAGGACUGUGGAAAGAGUCCAACUUUGGUGAGGGCGUCAUAAUUGGGGUCAUCGACACUGGAAUAUACCCAUUCCAUCCUUCCUUCUCCGACGAAGGAAUGCCGCCACCUCCUCCCACAUGGAAAGGCUUCUGUGAAUUCACUGGACAGAGGACUUGUAACAACAAGCUUAUCGGCGCAAGGAAUUUAGUGAGAACCGCAAAACAAGAACCUCCAUUUGAAGAUUUCUUACAUGGUACCCACACAGCCGGCGAAGCCGCUGGAAACUUCGUGGAGGACGCUGGCGUUUUUGGCAAUGCUCUGGGCACCGCCGCUGGCAUGGCACCUAAAGCUCACGUAGCAAUGUACAAAGUUUGCGACAACACAGUGGGAUGUACCGAAAGCGCAAUGUUAGCUGCAAUGGACAUUGCCAUCGAGGACGGCGUGGACGUGCUCUCUCUGUCACUUGGUUUGGGUUCUCUUCCCUUCUUCGACGACCCCAUUGCAUUAGGUGCGUUCACUGCGGUUCAAAAGGGCAUUUUCGUCAGUUGCUCAGCUGCAAACUCUGGCCCUGAGUACGCUACUCUCUCCAAUGAGGCCCCAUGGAUUCUCACCGUAGGUGCAAGCACCAUUGACAGAACCAUCAAAGCUACUGCAAGGCUCGGAAACGGAGCAGAAUAUGAUGGGCAAACGCUAUUCCAACCAAAAAACUUCUCUUCUCAACUAUUGCCUCUUGUGUAUGCGGGUUCUAGCGGAAACCGAUCCUCUACUUUCUGCGCACCAGGUUCCUUGAGUAAUGUGGAUGUUAAGGGAAAGGUUGUUCUGUGUGAACUUGGCGGACUAAUUUCCAGAAUUACAAAAGGGCAAACAGUGAAGGAUGCUGGUGGAGCCGCCAUGAUUGUUAUAAACCAGCAGCCCUCUGGUUUCAGCACUUUCUCUGAUGCUCACGUUCUUCCUGCAGUUCAUGUGAGUUAUGCUGCUGGGUUAGCAAUCAAGAAUUACAUCAAUUCAACCAACACACCAACAGCAACAAUCUUAUUCAAAGGAACUAUCAUUGGGGAUUCACUCACUCCAGCAGUAGUUUCAUUUUCAUCGAGAGGUCCAAGUCAAGCGAGCAUUGGGAUUCUUAAACCUGACAUAAUUGGUCCUGGUGUGAACAUUCUAGCAGCAUGGGGUGUUUCGGUAGACAACAAAAUACCUGCAUACAACGUUGUUUCGGGUACCUCGAUGUCUUGCCCUCACCUCAGUGGCAUUGCUGCUCUGCUCAAAAGAGCUCACCCCGAAUGGUCUCCUGCGGCUAUAAAGUCGGCAAUCAUGACCACAGCGAAUACCGUAAAUCUCGCUGGUGAGCCAAUACUGGAUGAAAGGCUUCUUCCUGCUGAUAUCUUCGCCACCGGUGCCGGACAUGUUAAUCCUAAUAAAGCAAGUGAUCCGGGCCUUGUCUAUGAUAUCCAUCCCGAUGAUUACAUUCCUUAUUUAUGUGGUCUGGGUUACACUGACAGACAAAUUACCUUGAUUGUGCAAAAGAAAGUGAGAUGCUCAAAGGUUAAGGGCAUACCGGAAGCACAGCUCAACUAUCCUUCGUUUUCUAUUCUGAUGGGGUCUACUUCACAGUACUACACUAGGACAGUGACCAAUGUUGGACCCGCCAAUUCAACUUACUCUCUGCAACUUGAGGUGCCUCUGGCGUUAGGUAUGAGUGUAAACCCUACUCAGAUAGCCUUCUCAGAGGAAUACCAGAAGGCUACUUUCUCGGUUGAGUUUAUCCCACAUAUCGAACAAAACAGAGGCAAUCAUUCCUUCGCUCAGGGUUCUCUUUCUUGGGUAUCUCGACAACACACUGUUAGAAUCCCCAUAUCUGUCAUUUUCACAUGA